AUGAUUAACAUCAAACAUGAACUUCGUUUUAUUCUGUUCGUCCUCUUCUGUGAUCUGCUAAAUGCUGUACAGACUGAAGUGAGGACAGUGAGAAAGAGAGAGGGAGAAACUGUCACUUUCCACCCUAACAUGACAGAACUACAGAAUGAUUAUCAAAUACUGUGGUCAUUUGGCCAGGUCCCUCCCUUCACAGUAAUAGCUCAACUCCUUGGAAGAGAGAUUAAAAUAAACUACCGUGAGAGAUUUAAUGACAGACUGCAGCUGGACAGACAGACUGGAUCUCUUUCCAUCAGAAACCUCAGCACCAAAGACUCUGGAGUUUACCAGCUACAGACCAUCAAUGGAUUAAUAUUUUUUCAGAAGUUUAAUUUAAGUGUCUAUUCUCCAGUCUCUAAACCUGUCAUUAGAAAAACUCCUCAGAGUCACUCGGUCAGUAAGAGCUGCUCAGUGCUGUGCUCUGUAGAGAAUGGGAGAGAGGUCACCCUUUCCUGGCAGAGAGAGGGGGAGACACUGUCCCACACCAGCAGCCCUGAUCUCAACACCCCCCUGUCUCUCCCUCUGGAGAUAGAAGAAUACAGCUCCACCUACAGCUGUGUGGCUGAUAACCCAGUCAGCAACCAGAGUCUGCAGCUCAAUACUGAGGAGCUCUGUUCUGGACACAACCUCCUCUUCAGCUACACACCUCUAACUCUGAUCACAUCCUCCACAGAUCACAAGAGAAUGAACAGCACUGAUACACUACAGUUCACUAGUGUUCAAUGGUCAUAA